GGCGGGCGGGCGGGGCGGGGCGGUGCCGCGCGCGGGCCGCCAGGGGUCGCUGCGCCGCGGCGCUGAGGGCAGCGGCCGCCAUGUCCCGCUGGGGCCCCGCGCAGCACGAUGGCGAGUGGGGGCCCGAGGCCUGGCAGCCGCCGCCGCCGCCCCCCGGCGGGGCCGAGCCGGCCGCCGUGCCCGAGAUCUCGCUGUGGACGGUGGUGGCGGCGGUGCAGGCGGUGGAGCGCAGGGUGGAGUCGCAGGCCCUGCGGCUGCUGAGCCUGGAGGGCCGGGCCGAGACGGCCGAGCGGAAGGUGACCGGGCUGGAGAAGGCGGUGCUGGACGUCGGGAGCCGGCUGGAGCGCGGCUGGGCCGCCCUGGCCGCGCUGCUGCGGGAGAACAGCCGCCGCCUGCGGCACGUCGAGCGGCAGCUCCAGCACCGCGGAGACCCCGCGCCGGGCAUCGCCGGAGGCGGCGGCGAGCCCCAGGUGCCAGCGGUGUGCGAGGAUGACGCGGCCAGUUUGCUGGAGCAGGAGUGGGGGAGCGCGGACAGCCGGCAGAAGGAGCUCUACAGGAUCGCGAUGAAGGCCGAUUACGAGGCCGUGGUGUCGCUCGGGCCCGGAGACGCCAGCACCAAACCCACCCUGCUGCUGCCGGCUGAGGACGGGGAGGAUGCGGGUGCGAGGACCCACGACGGGCUGCCGGAGAAGGGAGCGGUGCCGGGGCACCUCGGUGGCGGUGAGAAGAUCGUGAUCAAGACAGAAGAGCAGCAGCCCCAGGAGGAAGGCUCGGCGCUCCUGGCUCUGCCGCAGGCGCCCUCGGUGAGACUGGAAGAGGAGGUUCCCCUGAGCCAGGAGCAGCCGGUGCCCUGGGAGAGCCGCGCCGGCUUGGACGAGCAGAAGGCAGCAGGAGAGGGCUUAGGGGAGUUCUGCAAACACGGGACCCCCCAGCCCGAAUUUAAGCCCGUGGUGGUGCCGGUGGAAGCUCACCCUGCCCCGGGCUUGCCCUUCCCAACAGAGCACGUGCUCAGCGUGGGGACUGACCAGCCGUUCGCCCUGCCCCAGGGAAUGCCGCUGGGAGAAGACACCGCCGCAGAGGCGGCCUCGUCGCAGCCCAGCUCGGAGGAGCAUCGUCCCUGUGCCGCGGGGGAAGAGCCCCGCGCGCUGCCGCUGGGCUGGAAGAGCGUCCGGCUGAAGCGCAACCUCCUGGCGCGGCAGCAGAGCCAGGCGAGGAAGAGCAACGGCUCCUUCAUCUGCACGGCCUGCGGGAAGAGCCUGGCCCACCACGCCGCGCUGCUGCGGCACCAGCGCCUGCACACGGGCGAGCGUCCCUUCCAGUGCCCGGCCUGCGGGAAGAGCUUCAACGAGAAGUCCAACCUCAACAAGCACUACCGCAUCCACACCGGGGAGCGUCCCUACCGCUGCGCCGCCUGCGGCAAGGGCUUCAUCCAGAAGCAUCACCUCCAGAAGCACCAGCGCAUCCACGGCGUGCAGCUGCGGGGAGGCUGGGCAGCGCGGCCCGCGCGGGCCAGCGCCGCCGGGGAGCGGCUCUACCGCUGCAUCGAGUGCGCGGAGAGCUUCCCCCAGAAAGCGUCGCUGGAGGAGCACCAGCGCCGGCACACCCAGCAGCGGCCCUUCCAGUGCAACGGCUGCAGCAAGAGUUUCCGGCACCGGCAGUCUCUGAACCACCACCAGAAAGUCCACGCCGUUGCCGGCUCUCCCGCCGUCGGCUUGCCGAACCAUGACCGGGUGACUGGGCCCUGCAAAGCUUUGACCCAGGAUAAUCCGUAGGGCGCAGGGCUGGCGGAGGGAAGGGGCGGCGUUUCUCCGGGCUGCUCCGCAGAGGCGCAGCAGCCUGCGACGACGGCACGCGCCGGGCAGCUGGUGUCGCACCGCCGCAGGGCUCGUUGCAGUGCCGCGGGGCGCUCUGCCGUGCCGGGGGGGGCUCUGCACCGCCCGGGCCUGCGGGAGGAGGAGGAUGGAGGCAGGCUGAUGCGCUGCGUGGGCGAAGAGACUGGCCCAAGAGGCAGCGGAGGAGGUUCGGCGGCCGGGGCCGAGCCGGGUUGUGCCGCUGCCCUGGGGAAGGGGGAACGCGGCUGCGGAGCGGGGCGUGGUGCGGUGGAACUCAGGGUUAUUUAAACACCACCAGCGUGGCGGUGGUGUGGGGGCGUUCGGUGGCCCGAGGAGGGGCUGCGGUGGCUGGGCGGCAGCCGGGGGUCAGCGGCUGAGCCGGGAAGAGACUCUGAUAAAAGACUGGGCUGA